AUGACUUCCGGAUACUCGUCGAAUCCCGGAGUCAGGAUGUUCAGUAGUCCCGCCACAGAGGUUGAGAAGCCAACAUUCGAGCUCGUCGAGCAGGUCAAGAAGAACGUCUGGAUUGUUACGAGAAAGGGGGACCCGCGACGGGAGAAGUAUCUCGCCAGUCCUAGCAGCCCCUUCGGAGUGAAGCCUGAUGGGACUGUCGAUGUCGCGCAGACACGUCGAGAAGCUGAGGCUCUCAACACGCUCCUGUCGAGUCAUAAUCAAGCCUACACUAUCCGUCAGAUCCUCAAUCACGAAAACCUUGUCUCUAUCGUUGGCGUCAUAGAAAAUUGGCCUUUCAACAAGUCACAAACAUCUGACGUUACCCCAGGAAACAAUGUUCAGAUGCUCGUCUGGGACUUUGGUGAUGCUGGUAACCUCAGCGCUUUGUUCCGCCAUUAUCCCUGUAAGAGUUCUGAGUUCUAUCUACCAGAAUCUCUCUGUUGGCACGUUCUCCGUUCUUUGAUUCGCGCAGUGACCUAUCUCCAUGACGGGAAACGGCUCAUUUACCGACCCGAGCAACUUGGUCGUCACAUGGUCAGGGAAUGGGUCUCUGUCAACACCGAUUGGUUCCCAAUUCUUCAUCGUUGCAUCGAGCCUAGGAAUGUCUGGCUUCAGCAUCCUCGAGGCAAUGAGACCUAUGGCCAAUGCAAAUUAGGUGAUUACAGCCACGCAGCUGUCACAUGUCACAUCGUGGAUGGUCAAUUCAAUCCUGACACUGUUCGCUCAGAUUCGAAUGGGAUGGCGUUGGCUACAAAGGAGGGGAUUUGGCGACUGGAUGAUACUCGAUCUGCCUAUGAUGUCCCCCCAGCGUCGAUUCCGAACGAGGAAGAUCGACCCUAUACCCUCGGGGAUGAGUUGUGGUCUAUUGGGGUGACCGUUUUCACCAUGAUGACUGGCCAGGCUCCAACUUACUACUGUGAGGGAUGCGGUUGUUCACAUGUCGCUUUCUGCGAGGACGGUGGCUGUCUGGAGAAAGAGGCUGUUGCAAAAGGAUGUGACUGUUUCCUUGGUGGUUGUGAGCAUGUGAGUCAGAGGGAAUGUAGGGAAGAGGUCUCAGGGUGGCCGAGUUGUCCAGCUUGGCAUAACUGCUCCGAGUUCACCAUCAACAUUCAUUCGUACCUUGCAAGAGCUCGUUACACCAAACCAUUGCGUGCCAUGAUCAUGGUAAUGCUCGGGUACAACCCUGCACGGGGAGACGACCCUUGGAUUCGAAUGGUAGAGGUUGCGCAGAUGGUGGAGCUCGCAUAUGGACAGUGGAAGCAAGAGACGGAGGAGGGGAGACUUUACGUGGAUGCUGAGGAUGACAUGCUUCAGAGGGCUACGAAAUGA